GUGCUCUGUAGUCAGUCUGCGCUUGCAAAGUAUAGGCGACAGAUGAUGGUAAUGGGAGUGCGUGCUACUAAGCGGCUUGUUUGGUGGAUAUAUAAAAGUAAGACAACGAACAGUUCUUCUAAAGAUAUUGUAAGACUUUAAUGACUGCACAUAACCAAAGCAAGAUGUGGUGCUUAGUGAGUCAACCUAAUGCUGUGAUAUUGGAGGUGGAGGUAGAUCCCAAAGCGAGGGGACAGGAAUGUCUCGAAAAGGUGUGCCAGUACCUUGGCAUUGGUAACGAGGCUGAUUAUUUUGGACUGAAGUACCACUGCUCUAAAGGGGAAGAACUGUGGUUAAAUCUUCGUAAUCCUAUUGAGAGACAAGUGGGAGGUGUUCCUCCAUACCGUUUUGCUCUCAGAGUAAAAUUUUGGGUGCCUCCACACCUUUUGCUGCAAGACACAACCAGGCAUCAGUUUUAUCUUCAUUCACGGUUGGAUCUUUUGGAGGGCCGCCUGAAGGUUCCAGAUUCAUUAGUAGCUGCUAAAUUGGCAGCUUGGAUGGCACAGGCAGAAUCUGGUGAUUAUGAUCCUCAGUCGUGUCCCCAAAGCGUUUACGCCCAAUACUGCCAGCUAGGUGGUGUCAAUACCUCGAGGCCCCAAGACUUUAUUCAGAUGAUUGCUGCACAGCAUCGUGAACUUAAGGGCAAUAAGCAGUCAGCAGCAGAGUACUGGCUCCUCAAAGAGGUGUCUUAUCUUGAAGAUUUUGGUGAGGAGGUAUUUCAAACAAAAACGAGCAAUGGUGGAAGAUGCAGUCUCGGAGUUGGUCCACAUGGGCUCAGUGUAUAUCAUCCAGAUUCAACAAAACAAAGCAUACCAUACACAGCCAUCCAAAGUGCUGCCUCACAGCGACGUUCUUUCCAUCUUCUGUACCUAGAUCUUGACAGCAACGAGGCAACACUUGAUCUGAAACUGGAAACAUCACAGGCAGCGAGUGGUCUGUACCGUGCUAUCACCGAAAAGCAUGCCUUCUAUAGUUGUGAGACAGUACGCAGUGCAGUUACAGCUCAAUUCAUAAGGGAUUUAAAGGGCACAAUCGUGUCCAUAUUUAAUGAGGAUACUUCUCUUGGGAAGAAAUACGUGUUUGACAUACGACGUACCUGCAGGGAAGUCUAUGACAAUGCAAGGAGGGCAUUGUAUCAGUCUGCAAGUUCAACUUUUCCCCCACCAGAGGAAAGUCCAGAGCAGCAGAUACACAAUACUCCAGAACAGUGUGACAACUGUGUAGAUGAAAAAUGCAAGUCAUCACAGCGGAAGUUUGCACGGUUGCUGGAAGCAAUGUCUUGCCGUAUCUGCAUGGACAGGGGCAUUGAUACUGCAUUUUUUCCCUGUGCACACGUUAUAGCAUGUAGUGAAUGUGCUGCCCGUUGUGAUCGCUGUCCACUUUGCCGUGCAGAAAUAGAUCAAGCGAAGAGGAUUUACUUGCCCGUAGAACUGCAACAGCUUCCAACCUGUUAGAAUAAAUCGACAAUACUCUUUUGUUAAAGUGUGCUCUCAGAUGUGAUGCUCUUGGACCAUACACCCUGCAUGUGAUGGGCAAUGUGUAAUUGUGAAAGAACACAAGUUGUACACGUGCAGUUACAUUCCUGUUAAUUUUAAUCACUCCUGAAAGUUAGUGUCUUUAUAGUGCCUGUAAUCUACAUAAACAUGAUCACCUGAAGCAUUUACAAAAGGGAAAAAAGAAUGUUGUGCAGUGUGGAUAUAAAAUGACAGUUUUAGGACGUGAAGUGUAAAACUGUAUGCCUUAAACAUGCAGUUUAAUGGAGGUGAACUGCCAAAAAAACUAAUAGUAAUAGUUUUAAAACAUGACUGGUGAUAUUUCAGACUGACAGUAGUGACAGGAUGUUAUAUGCAAAGUGAAAAACAGUACAGAAUGUACUGCAGCCUCAAAUUAAUCAAAUUAAGUAGAAUGUGUGUAAAGUUAAAAGCACUGGUGAUGUGCUAUGAACAGCUCUUCAGAAAAAAUAUUUUAAAAUAUUUAACAUUGCUCCAUGUGAUUUAAAUUUACACUGCAAAGGGCAAGAUUGAGUAUUCAUAUCUCAGGGACACAAGCUGCAACUUGGAAUCUGUAUCUGUUAAUGAAUGCAAGUACUGUCAGAUUAAUUUUAGGAAAAGGUGUAAAGUUAAUUUCAGUAUUGUGCAUAACCAUUUUAUACUUUCUUGCCUCAUUAAAAAAAACUGAACUGACAGCAUUUAUAGUACCUGAUUGUGCGUAUCCAUGCACUUAAUUGAAAGUAAAACUUUACAUUGUCCUCAGAAAAUAAGUGCUGCAGUAAUAGUAGUAGUCCACAUGCCUUGUUUUAAAAAAUAUAACCUUUCAGAAAAUAUUUUACUCUGAAGUGGCAAAGAAAUUUUGAAUAAUGAAUGGUUUAAAUGGAAAUUCUUAAAAAUGUAAACAUUUCCUUAUUACGAAGUACAAAACAGUUGUACUGUGGCAAGUAUGUGGAGUAAUUCUUUACACCUUAAUAUAUGUGUUAUGUGAUGCUGAGGGGCAAUAGAAAGAUACCAAUGUCAGUUCAGUUUUUUAAUUAUUUGCAAAUAUAAAUAAACGACUAAAAUUUAUAGAAAGUGCUUAGCAGUGUCCUGUCAAGCAGUUUCGUUUGCAGAAAAUUACAGUAUUAUAGAUGUAACAUUUUUCUUCUGUACAGUGGAGGACAAUAAUGGAAGUGAUAUAACUAUUUAACUGUAACAUUUUAUAAGAGGAAUAGUGUGUGUGUGUGUGUGUGUGUGUGUGUGUGUGUGUGUGUGUGUGUGUGUGUGUCAUUUU